ACGAGCGACGUUGCCAUGACUACAACGUUACAAAAUGGCCGGCAGAAGUGCUUGUGGACCAUUGUGUCAGCAUCCCUCCUGCUGGCAGUCCCCGGUAAUAGAGAGAGAAAGAGACCUCCCAUCCGUCUACACGGAUCAAAAGCCAACGGCAGAAAAGUGGCCAGAGGCCGAGGCAUAUGAUAGUUUUCCUGUGAUGACAGUAUCAGAUGUAACCAGUUCAGUCAGACUGUCUCCUCUACCCGAAAGACCAUUACCAUCUUAUGGCAAGAGACAGAAUGCUAAUAAUAUAUUCCAUUCCUGUCAGUCAUGUGUCAACAGUAGGAGAAGGCGUAGAAAGAAUAUCAGCUUCACUCAAUUCGUCCUUCAGGAAGACACGAGUGACGACGUGACUCAAACCUCGCCUAAUUUAAAUGACUAUAAGUUUGUACCUGUUCUUUUCUGGAAGACGCAUCCUUCUUCAAAUAAGCCGCGAAAGAUUAAGAGCCCUGGUCUUAGGGAAGCCGAGGAAAGGAGAGAAGAAGAGGAGGAGAAACCUUUGCUAAAGAAAAUGGAUCUUUCUGAAAGUCUUCCUCCGACUAUCAGUAAUACAACUUGUACUGCUAGCUCACUUAGUCAGUCUAAACAGAGAAGAAUUUUAGAGGCUAAGAAGCCUACCAGGACAUUAGCCAGUGCUAUUGGUGGAAGAAGACAAAACAGUGCUGCAGCCUCUGUUGGAUUUAUGCUUGAUAAAUACAUUGCUGAUGGAUUAGAUGAUGUUCCUCCUAAUGUCAUAAACCAAAUAAUUCAACAUUUGCAAAAUCAGGAUCAUGUACGAGUAUUAGAAGAAACAAAGAAUCCACCUCCUUCUCCCCCUCCCUCCCUCCCCCUCCCUCUCCCUCUCCCCUCUCUCCCUCUCAAACCUCCGGAGAGCCAUGUACCAACCUCCCUCGUACUAAACCUAUCUACCCACAGCCUCCAAAGAUCUGGCAGUCCGACAGAUAUUAGUAGAAAGGAUGAAGGAUUUGAGGCUAAAUAUAACAAGAAGAAAAGCAAAGAGUUGUCAUAUUCUCGUGCCCUUGCUCAGCGACCCAGUGAAGCUCUUAGCUGUCUCAAGGCUAAAAUAAACAGUCUACAGAAUAAAGCUAUUAAUGGGGGUGUGGCAGUAGGAGGCGGGGCCUCUGUGUGCGGGGCUAAUACUAGCGAUUCAAGGACUCCGGUUCCCAUGUUCCCAGAUUCUAUUCCUCUACCGCUGCACGAUAAUGAUGAUUUCAUAAAACACUCGAAAUAUUUCAGUCCUCGUCUGCUCUCCAAAUCUAAUGUAAUGCAACAGAGACAUCACUAUAGGCGACCGACUUUAAAUUUAUCUAAAAAGACGCUGCUGCCUAUAUUUUUUCCUGGUUACGAUAAACUUGGUGAAACUCAAGCUCUAGGUGGUCCCCAUGGCAAGAAAGGAGCCAUCGCCCGGCAAUAUUCGGAGGACGUCUUCUCGCGUCCUCAGACUCGUUCUCAUACCACUGCAUCUCAUUCCCAUACCACCGCGUCUCAUUCCCAUACCGCCUCGUCUCACACCCAUACCAUAAAAUCCCAUACUCAUACCACAGGGACUGUGACUCCGCUGGUAGCAACAAUGACUCAUUCCCAUGCUCCUAGCAGUGCCGUCUCGUCUAAUCGCGGGUUCGUAGAUGCAGAUUUAGCUAGCGUCUCUGGCAAACUAUUACUACUUGAUAAAGAAGGUCAAAUUGUUCACGAAGUACCUCAAACAGAAUUAAGCAUACCGGCACUCCAAUUGCCAGAUAACGAAGAAGAGGAGAAAGUGGAGACAAGUGACUCCAUUUUGUACCCUAUAGAAGGUACUGUAGCUCCUCCACCUUCUGCUAGAGAAGAUGUUAGUCCAUCUGUGUCCGUUGAUAAAAGUGGAACUAUUACAUCAGUAGUGGUAGAGAAUGACUAAGAAGGCAUUGUAUUAUCAUCAUUUUUGUUAUUAUCAUUAAUAAUUUGUUUAUUAUUACGUGCAUUUUAAUUUUAUUUCUUUAUU